AUGUCUGCUGCUAUAAAAUUUUCUAAUAGACUUCGUGAAUUGCGAAUUCAUUUGUGUCAGAAAAACACUACAAGCGAUGGCGUAAGAAAUUUCAUAAACAGCCAUUAUCUUUCUUUAAAACAGACGAAUCCAAAAUGUCCGAUUUUGAUAAGGGAAUGUGAGGGAAUACAGCCGAAAUUAUGGGCGAGAUUCGACAAUGGAGAAGAAAAUAUGAUAUGUUUAAGUAAUAAAAACAGUGAUGAAAUAUUAAAACAAUUUGAAAGUUUAGUAAAGGGAUCUGUAAAAUAA